AUGGGAGACAUCUCCGGCGGACUCAGCGUCAAAGAUAAAAAAACCACUAAACUCCCAAUCUCAGGCAAACGCAACAUCCUCAUCACCAGUGCUUUACCUUACGUCAACAACGUACCUCAUCUCGGCAACAUCAUCGGCUCUGUACUAAGUGCUGAUGUAUUUGCUCGGUACUGCCGACUUCGGGGGUACAAUAUUAUAUAUAUGUGUGGGACGGACGAGUAUGGGACGGCGACGGAGACGAAGGCUUUGGAGGAAAAUUGUACGCCCCAGCAGAUUUGCGACAAAUAUCAUGCAAUCCACAAGGAGGUGUAUCAAUGGUUCAAUAUAAGUUUUGAUGAAUUUGGGCGCACAUCAACUCCGCAGCAGACUGAAGUUUGCCAAGCAAUUUUUAAGAAACUAAUGGAGAACAAUUGGCUUUCUGAGAACACGAUGCAGCAGCUUUACUGUGAUACAUGCGAAAGGUUUUUAGCUGACCGACAUGUGGAGGGUAACUGCCCCACUCCAGGUUGUAAUUAUGAUUCUGCAAGAGGAGAUCAAUGUGAAAACUGCGGGAAACUUUUAAACCCCACAGAACUACUGGAUCCUAGAUGCAAGGUUUGUCGGUCUACUCCACGCAUCCGUGAUACGAACCACUUGUUUCUUGAGCUACCUUUACUGAAGGAUAAGUUAGAGGAGUAUAUCAACAGCAUGUCAGUGGCCGGAGGAUGGAGUCAGAAUGCAGUUCAAACAACGUUUUCAUGGCUUAAAGAAGGAUUGAAACCAAGAUGUAUUACCAGAGACUUGAAAUGGGGGGUUCCUGUUCCACUUGAGAGAUUUGAAGACAAGGUUUUCUAUGUGUGGUUUGAUGCACCUAUCGGAUAUGUAUCAAUCACUUCGUGCUACACGCAUGAGUGGGAGAAGUGGUGGAAGAAUCCAGAAAAUGUGGAGUUGUAUCAGUUUAUGGGCAAAGAUAAUGUGCCAUUUCACACUGUGAGUACUAAAUUUUUGAAUAUGAACAAGAAUAUGCGCCAUAUGUGCUAAUUGGGAAUGUUUUGAGACAGUUAAAAAUAUGCCGGUAGUGAUCAUGAAUGCUUCUGUGAAGUGAUGUUUGUGCAAUAAUUGACUGAAUCAUCUGACUUGCUGCUAAACAGGGUUUUCCUCUGGCAACUUAUUGAAUGGCCAUUUUCAAUUCUCUGAUGGCCUGACUUCACUUUAUUGAAAGUGUGGGACUUAAACUUAAUUUGAAUUGGAUGUAGUAAAAGGGAGCUCGUGUCAAGAGUAUGAGUUUUCCAAUAAAAAAGAUUCGUUCUCUUAGCAUGGAUGUAUCUUUUGUUGCAUCUUGAUUCCAGAGGAAAGAGCUGCAUGAUGAUCUCUGGAUAUAGGUUAUUUUCAUGGCAUACAAGAUCAUUGCCAAUUGGGCUGCCUACAUUUUAUGCUCCUCAAACCCCGUAGUAGCUAGAGCCUUGUGCAUGAAGCUGCUCUUUACAAAAGCAUUGCCUGUGCCAAGAAUUAUUUUCUGUUCUUAUAUAUUUAGAGCUUGGAAUCAGGAGGCCGAGUCCUAGAUAAAGUUUUCCUCACUUAUUAAUUUGUGGCAGCAGGGUGAAGGUGCAUAACAGUAUCAGCUACCGAUAUUAAUAUACUAAUCCAUAGAAAAUUGGAGAUCUUAUUCAGGUCAGACUGGGGAAUGAAGGAGAUUGCAUGCCAUAUAUAUCAGGACUUUGCAGUUGAGCCAAACUGGGAAAUCACCUUCACAAUUUGACUAAAUCAACUCCCCCUUUAUCAGCCUGCAGAAACAAGAAAGGAAAGAAAAAUAAUCUCAAAUUCAAAGUACCAAAAUAUUGGAAGAAUUUGAUUGAGUACUAGAUGUCUUUCUUUAUGGUCCUGGAAUAUGGGUGUUUAGCCUUACUUCAAAAUAGCUCACCUCUUUAUGGAGGCUUUGAUGUGAACUGCAUGGCAAUAUUGUACAGCUUUUUGUACGCCAAAGUAAAUCCAAUUUAAGCUAUUGCCUCUCGCAUUUUGCAGAUGACAUGGUUCUCCUAUGAUAACCAUCACAAUUAGCUCUAAGCCAGUAGAUGCAUUUUGAUCCCUGGUGAGGGAUGAGAGAUGUUUUUCAUUUUGCUAUAGAAGUUCAAUAAAGAAUAUGAAGUAAAUCUAGGUCAUGCAUGUUGGUGAGACUUAUCUGGUUUUACUAACUUGUUUCUUAUAGCUGUGUCACAUUUCAAGGUUGAUGAAUGCCUGAUGGAAAAUAUUUUAGUUUUAUUUGUGGCAUGCUACUGUGUAUGACCAUGUUUUGUCGUUUUCUCUAUUGUUCUCUUUAAAAUAAUUGUGGGACCAGAGCUUGGGGUCUAAGUUUCUCAUUACUGUGUUAAAUUUCUUUUGGUAUGGUUAAUGUAUCCGAUGUUUCAUUAGGAAGUCAUUUUUUGGGGUAGAAUUAUUGGGGGAGUUGCUUUUAGGCGUUGUGCAGUUGUAAAGCUUUCUAUGGAAAUAAUUUGAUCAGGAAAACAUUUCCUGAAGAUUGCUGCUAUGGUUUUUGGAAGAUUGUGAAUGAGUUCAGAUAAAAAUAAAUUAAUGGAAGAAACAAUAAAAUAGUAAGUGUUGAAAAGUAAACCUGUUUCAAAAAGUAUUGAAACGGAAAGAGUUGGUAUUAAAAUAGAUGAAGAAUUCACUCAUAAGAAAAAAAUUAAGGAAUAUCGAGAAAUUGUUCACGAAAUGAAGCUGAGAUAGGAGCCAAGUUAAAGGGAAGAUAUCUCUAUACUGUUAGAAAUUCCCCCAAAUCCCUCUCAUGGGUAUGCGACUGCAAUUUGAUUGGUAAUAAUGGAGUUGUUCUUCAUUUAGCUUGGAAAUCAUCCCCCUUAGUCUGGGAACCAACUUGAUUUUGGGUCCUAAUGAGGCCACCAAAUAUUGAUUGCUGUGAUAGAAAGUAUAUUGGAAUAACACCUGUAGAAAACAGUAAAUAAAUCAACACACAAAUAUAAAUAUUGUAGGUUGGCUUGACACCAUUACCGAAACAACUUAACCUUUUUCUCAACCCUGCAAGAAUAUACCUGUAAAAAAAGGGGAAGAAAACUUUUAAGAAUCUUCCUAAAUUGACUGGUUCUCAUAGAAUCAUUUUCUG